GAUAACUUUCAGAUUUGUUUCGUCCAUAGAGUUUCAUACACUAAUUAUUGUAAGAAACUCUAUGGUUUCAUCCGCUUGCGAGUUGGUAACUUUCAGUUUCGUUUCUCCCGCCCGAUGAACUUCGAAGUACUUUCGGUUUCGUCCACUUCCGAGUUCCUCCGGAAGUGGUGGAGAACGCAGAGAGCAAACAGAGAGCAUAAAACAUGGCAUAAAACAGGUGUGCGAGAGUAGGUGAGAGCAUAGAAUUUCCUACAAAAAUUAAUUUUUGUUGCAAACUCUAUGGGCGAGAGGUACGAACACGGUCAUUUGAGAAAUCGCCCAACAUUUGUGCGCAGGCGCAAGUACAAGCGUCUACACGAGCCUGCGCGAAGUGUAGGUAAAAACAAAACAAAAACAAAAAAAUAACCCUAAUAGCGUCGUGAUGUGGCACGGUGAGUUCGUGGUUACGUCAUGUGGUUGAAGCACGUCGUGGGUUGAAGUUUCAGUUUCGCUUUCCAGCACUUCUGAGAGGGCGCUGAGAUACUUCCGUUUCAUACACCGCUUUCGAUUUUUCUUUCGUCUCUAAGGCGGAAGUAGCGGAGGGAGGGAGUUAUCAGCAGUUUGCUCGGGCCGCUGCUCCACGGGUUCCACUGCUCCAUCUGUCUGCGAUACCGUCACAGUCGUCGGCGGGCACGGUAAACGCGCGCGCGCGCCGUUGCAUCUAGCGGCCGGGGAUGCCUGCUCAAGAGCACAGCCGCAGAGGAGCGCAGCGCUCGUAAAAGUGCCUUCCACUAGAUGUUGCACAGGGCUUGCGUGAACAGCGGCGGUCAACGGAACACCAUAACGCGCUUGCCGAAAGCGAGUCGAGAAGUGGCAAAGAGACACUUGCAACUUAUCGUGCGAUCAGUGAACGCUGUCUUCUGCGCGGAGGGCAGAGUGCACGCGUGCAGACGCCCGGCUCCAGUUGGGACGAAUCACUAGGAACAGUCAAAGAUUUCGAAGGUGCCGCGCUGGAGGGAGUUGUGACGUGGCCCGCCCAUGUGGCCACUGCUGCAGCGUGCUGACGUCGCCGGCUGCGGCGGUGGGCUGGUGUCUGUGACCGCCGGCAGCGCCACCGAGCGACAGAAUGGCGCACGUGCUGCUUCCCUGCGACGUGCCCACGUGGCCCGAGGUGGAGCGCCACUUGAGCCAGCUCCGGUUCGCCCACUCGCCGGAGCAGCUGGUGGCCGACAUGCAGCGCAUCUACGACCUCUGCUGCGUGGGCCUGGACCCGGAGGACCCCCCGCGGGAGGAGAUCCGCCUGGACCUUCUCAAGCGAUUCCUCAAGUCCCUCUCGGCCGACGAGAGCCGCAGGUUCUUCGAGUCCACGCUGCCCGCGCUCAUCACCUACGCGAUGCGGCUGCGCGAGCUGCGGCCGACCGGCGGCUUCCUCUACUGCCUCCAGCAGCAAGAGGGCAUGUUCGCGCUGAGCCGUCCGUUCGUCGCCUCGCUGCUGGCCAACUCGUUCUUCUCCACCUUCCCCAAGCGCACUUCGCGGACCCACCCGACGCUGCUCGACUUCAACUGCUCCGAGCUGUUUCCCUUCCUCGGCACACCGUGCCACUGCGAAAAGCUGCGGAGCCUGUUCGCCUACUUCGACUGCACCUACCAGGAUGAACCGGAGGGCACCGUGUACUUCUGCAGGCAGCAGGUGACUGCCCCCAAGAACCAGAUGUCGCUGCCUGAGUGGAUGUGCAGCGACUGUCCCCUAUGCCCGCUCAUGGUCCGCACCAGAGGACUGAUCGAGGACGCCGAACCGAUCCUGCUCAAGUGCUAUCCAUCUAGCGCCAACGCCGGAAGUGAUUUUCUCGGAAGCAAUUGCACAAUGGAGUGCUCGGUGUUCCUCAGCUGUCCCGAGGUGCUGGCCGCGCUGCUCUUCGUCGAGCUCCUGGGCGACAACGAAGCGCUCACCGUGGACGGCCUGUUGCCACUCGACCCGAGGCCACGGGUCAGCGGCGAACCGGUAUUCAGCCCUUCCGAGUGCUCCGUGUGCCUUCUGGACUUCAAGGACCAUUCCUCUCGGCCGGUGGCGCAGUUCGAGGACGCGUUCCUGCUCCGCGAGUUCAACAAGUGUCUCGUGGCCUUCAGACAGGCCCUCACCCAGCGUAGACCCUCACCUGUGGGCCAGAGUUCGAGCUCGAGCGCUGCCGGCCACGAUCCACCCUGUUUCCACUCGCUGUCCUCUUCCAAGACGUCGUCCUCCCGGAGCAGCGCGCACGCCCCUGACUCCCCGCCAGACAAUCUGCAGGGCCUGCGUGGCCACGAACACUUCGUAGAGUGCAAGCCACCGCUCGCAGACCGUUUGGGAACGAAUACGGCCACCGUUUCAGUUGACAAAGCUGACCUGCAGUGCACGAUCAAGCGGGGUCAACAGUCGGAGAGUCAAGCACCCACAUUAGCCUGUGUAUUGGGGGCACUACGAACGAAGGCGGCAGCACAGACCGCCAAACCCGAACCGCCAGUGCCUCCGCAAUGGUCACCUCGAAAGUUCUUCAAAGUACUGAGCUCCAGGAGUCCGAGCCCGACCCCGCCGAAACCCGGCAGCACUCGUCCACCUCCACCUGCAGAUACGAAUGCCAAAACUUCGAACGCACCGCCAUCGUUGACGAGCUCAGCUGCUGCCCCAGUUCCUAACAUUGCGAGGCCCUUGGCGACUAAGCCUCCUCCACCUGCCACGAAGAGGAGCCUGCGUUCUCUGGGUGGCUCCAGUUCCAAGGGGUCCAUGGAGAGGAACAAAAGCCUAGAGAAUAUACUUAACAGGAUCUCCGCGAGCCAGCCGUCGACACCUUCGUCGUCGUCGGCGCCACUUCUGACGCAGGCUGUCCUGUGCGCCCAGAGGCAUCCUUCUCCGAGACCCGAGCGACGCGGCAGCGGUUCCCAAGCGGCUAUGGUCUUUCGUCCGGUCAACCUGUCUCCACUGACGUCCCGCAGGUCUGCCUUCCGGCCCGCGGCCGAGUGUCUCCUGGACCAGAGAAGGCAGAGCAGCGGCGGCGGAGGCGCGGCUCCGAUAGCGUUGCCGCACUGCGAGUUUUCUGCACUGAGCAACGCCAGACAGGCGUGCGGCAAGCUCGCGCCGGUGAAAGUGCUGACGUCCCCUCCGGUCUCUUCGCCUCGCGUGCAGCUCUCGAUCGAGUCUGGGCCCGAGGACGACGUGUGGCGCAGGCAAGAGAGCGUCGAGCUCGAGUCACCGGGCGUCGAGCGGCCGCCACCGUCGCCGCGAUGUCCGGACGCCGCGGCGUCGAGGGAGACGGAAGUGUGGACGCUUGCGGAGCAGCAGCAGCCAGCGGCGGAAGAGAGCGCUCCGGCACGAGGUCACCGCAGGACGGUGUCUGGGUCUUCGGCCACGCCGUACGGGUCUCCGUCGGCGACCCUAUCGCUGCCGCGGCUUCCGUCUCAAAAGUCGUGCGACGACGUCUACCACACUGCGGACGAAAGCGUAGAGGACAGCCCGGAGGGACACGGCGUCGACCUCCCGGGCGAGACUCGUCCGCGCUGCCUCAAGUCGCGCCGAGAGCGUUCGCUACGCUCGCACACGAGCGGCGGCGGAGGGUCGAGUGCCUUCUCGUCGGUGUCUCAACGCCUGAGCAGGGACGACUCGGCCAGCUCGGCCGGUUUCGUACUCGACUACCGGAGCGACGACGAAGACUACAUCGCCUUCUCGCUGAGCAAGCACGAAAGGUACGAGGACUUCCGGCGUCGCAUCCGCCGUCGGGGCCGGCGGCUUGCUCGCCGGCUGAGCCGCAGCCUGCGCGCCAGCUACUCGAGCGGCAGCAGCGACAUGGACGACAUCGACGAGGACCCCGAGCUGGGCUUCUCGCGGCCCCAGGCCCCCGUGUGCGCCGUGCGCGCGGCCAACUCCGAGCCCACGCUGCACGUCCUGCUGCCGACCAAGGGCUCGGCGCGCGAGCUCCCGGCGCUGUCCAUCGCCUCCGAGCUGGUCAUGACGUCUUCGCCCGGGCGGCGACAGACGCUGGUCAUGACCACGGGCCAGGGCAUGCCCAAGGCGUACUCCUUCGACGGCGUCAACCCAAACCUGCCAGUUCCUUUCAAGGCCAAGUUCAGGUGCAAGAAGACCUCCGAGGAAACGAGCCACGCGGAAUCCUGCGCAGUCGGCCUGACGCGGCAGGACACCGAGUUCAUCAAGGCGCACUCCUUCCGGCCGGUGUCGCCCGAUCUGUCGGCCGGCACUUCCGAAGAGGACGACGUCGAGAGCGAGCCCGCAGAGCAGGACGAAGACCAGCAGGACUUCGACACGGCCAGCGGCGACAGCGCGGAGAGGAGGCGCGAGAGCUUCGUGUCUGUUGAGGAAGGGCCUCCGCAGGACUCGGAAGAGCCGCAACCGUCGCCAUCGUCAUUCCCGAUGCGCUUGUCGGCGUCUGGCUUGCGCCCCGUGGCCACGUGCCGGUGGGCGCGUGACUGCCUCGACCCGUCCGGAGACCCGCAGCUCGAAGCGCUCGUUCAGUGGAUUGCCGCCAGCGUCGCCGGGGUGCCCGGCCUCGUCAUCUACACCGGCGGCCAGCCCAGUCUCGAGCAGCUGUCCCAGGUGAGCUUCAAGGUAGAUGAGCGUCACUGGACGGUGGGCGACUUGGCGUGCGAGACACUGCGCUUCUGCCGGAAUCGGGUGGCGUUGCACGAAGGCCGAAACAAGUCGAGCAUGCAUCGCGGCACCACGCUGUUCUCCCAGCUGCUGGGACAGAACGCGGCCGCGGCGGCAACGACGACGACGACAGCGCCGAGUCAAGCUGCUGUCGGAAAAGGCGGCACCAGAGCCAGCGAGACUUGUGACGGUGGUAGGGCCGUGCUGCAGACCCACGACUCGCUGGAAUGAACAAAAAGUGAACGAACGCGAAGCAACGAAGGACUCGGUAAUCUGGUGCCGCCACCAUGCCAAACCGACUCUUUGCUCUUGUGACGUAUCGAAAGCUGGCAGUGACGCGUCAGCGGCGACCCCUCAGUAUACGGACUCGACACGCUUCUUCUUUUGCGUGUGAUUGUAUACCCAGCUGAACUCGAAGCAGCCAUAUCGCGUUCGAAAAGAAUCUCUCAUUUAAAUAUCUUUCGGUAUGUUCAUAGAAAAA